GCCCGGCCGGCGUGAUUGCCCUGGCCCUGGUCGCCAUCUGCCCUCCGCCCCUUCCCCACUCGCCGCUCCCUCCUCUUCGCUCCCGCCUCGUCCCCUCUUCCCUUCUUUCCUGUUUCCCUUUCCAUCCACUCCCCCGCAGCCAUGGCGGCGAGCGCCCUCUCCGGCCUCGGGCAGGCAAUUUCCGGGUCUGCUCUAAGCCUUGUCUCAAACUAUGUUGAUCCCAUCGGCGGUGUUCCCCUUCCAAAUUGUCCGACCGAUACCACUUCUCUGGGCCACAUGUCCUAUCCGACGGUGGUCUUCCUGAACAUCACCAUGUUCUUCAUGUGCGCGGUCCUGGUGGCCGUCACCAUUUGGAAGUACAACAGCGUGGUGGUCUUCAACCUGAAUUUCCGCUAUCCUGAGAACAACAACACGCUUUGGGCCCUCUUUUUCGGCGUUGUCGGCCUGCGCGCCAUCAUCGAGGCCAUCCGCUACAGCAUGGACAUCGUGGAAGAUAGCUCCACUCUGAAUAUGGCCCUCUUCUUCACGUCGCUCGUGCUGGAUGGCUUCGGCGCCCUGGCUCUGGCCUUGACUCUGGGCUACCAAUACCACUAUCGGUCGGGCAACACCAGUCCCGACUCGGCGUCCGGCGUCUUCGCCGGUAAGAACCCCUCCCUCGGGCCCUCGUCCUACAAUGAUUACGCCCCGGUGAACAACCACCACUCGGAUGGCCAGCACCCGGACUACGCCCCCUAUGCGGCCGCCGGGCCGGGCGACUUCUCCGGACAGCCAUCCUCCGGUCUGAUGCACCAGGUCUCCUAUCUCUUCCGCACCUACUUCCUCAGCUGGGAGACCCUGUACUUUUUCCUCUUCGUGGUCUUUCUGGUGGCUGCCUACCUGAAUGUGACAUUCAAGAAUGAGCCCCCCUACUACUGGUUCUUCUUCGGGUCGUGCAUCCUCCUGCGUAUGCCGGCACUGGUCCUGACAUACAUCAUUACCACUUCGCCGCAUGGACUCUUUGCCACUUGCCGCGGUGGGGACUCCACGGUCCUGUACAACUCUCUCGGGAAUGGGCGUGGCGUUGGCCCGACUGGCCGGUCGGCCGCCACCAGCGCCGCCAUCACCGAUGCCUCCUUCACUCCGACCACCAAUGCCAAGAUCCUGCUGGUCGUGGGAUUCCUGCUCACCCUUUUCAUGACCUUCCCGUCGUCCAUCUGGGCCGAGCUUAUCCUGCCCCUCUCGGCUCCGGGGGGGUCUCCGUGCAUCAUCUUCUUCGCCAGCUGGCUGGACAUCCUCUACUCCGGUGCCAUUGUUGGCGUCCUGUGCUUCUUCUUCUUCCUCCGGUCGGAAUACCUGCGCAAUCAUGAGGAGUCGGUCUGGCGGACCAUCAGCCGCAUCCAGGACUACAUGGACUUCAGGCGGUUCUAGUCCACUCUUCUCUCUCUCUCUUUCCCCACCCCUCCCCCCUGCUACCCUUCUGGAGGAGGGGCGAGGGUGGAGAUUCGGGGCCGAGAACGGCAGGCAAGAGGGGGGAAAGUCCAUCCGCGAGAUGUGCCCCUCCGCGUGCUUCCCAUCCUGCUGGCAGAUCUUUCUCGCGCCUCCUCCUCGUCCUCCCUCCUCACCCUGGCGCCGCCACCGCCACCGCCACCAUCGCGCUGCCAUGCGCACCCCCGUCCUUGUCUUUCUCCGAUGUCGCCUGUUUGGGCACAUGUCCCUCUGUUUCCCCUCCCCUCUUUUUUUUCUGGAGGGGGCGGGAGGGAUCGGGCACAUGUGCACGAGAAGAGGGAGCCAAGGGGAGUCUGGAGGGCAACCUCGCUUCCUCCCUUUCGACCCUCUGUGCUCAUCUGCUGGCGUACAGCACAGUGUAAUAUACCACCUAUACACACGCGAAUGUGUAUGCCCUCUCUCCC